CCUUCACGUUCGCCCCAAACUAUUCUGCUCUCUUUCUUCAUUCCUCGUUUUGUUGGAGGCACAUCGCUAAUCUACUCCACUCUUGUCCAAUUUUUCUUUUAAUCGAUUUUCACACCAGUGUUUUAAUGUCACGUCGGGAAAGACGCUUACCAAAAUGGAGAUAUCACAUAAAUUCAGUUGGGACCUUGUCCUGAUUUUGGCAGCGGCACUUACGUCACCUGCAAUCACGGUGCUGUGUAAUGACAUCCUGGGUCUGAAGGUGGCAGGAGAUCCAGUGCUGACCCCUACCUCUGUCUGCCUGCGGCUGGCGGGCCUGAGCAAGCGUCAGAUGCGUCUGUGUGUUCGGAGCCCCGACGUGACGGCUUCAGCCCUGCAGGGCAUGCAGGUGGCCAUCCACGAGUGCCAGCACCAGCUCAGAGAUCAACGGUGGAACUGUUCAGCCCUGGAGAGCCUCAACAAGCUGCCCCACCAGAGCGCAAUCCUCAACAGGGGCUUCAGGGAGACUGCCUUCUCUCUGUCCCUGUUGGCAGCGGGUGUGGCACACUCCGUGGCUUCUGCCUGCAGCUUGGGCAAGCUCCGUGACUGCGGCUGCGAGGCCAAGCGUCGCCUGGACGAUGACAAGAUCCGUCUCAAACUCACCCAACUCCAGCUGCAGACCCUACAGAGAGGCGGGGCCAGAGCGGGCAUGGGAGGGGACGGGGAGGAGGCCCCCCCGCCCCCCAGGAUUUGAGAUGUGCCAGCCAGCCAGCGUUCUGGUUCUACCCACCCCACCUCCCUCCUCAAUCCCCUGCCAGAGGACUUCAGCCCCCAGCAGGAAACCUGGGAGUGGGGGGGCUGUAGCCAUGACACCCGCUUCGGUGAGAGAUUCUCCAGGGAUUGGUUGGACUCCCGGGGGACUCCGAGGGAUAUCCACGCCCGCAUGAGGAUCCACAACAACAGGGUGGGCCGACAGCUUGUGACUGACAACAUGAAGCGGAGGUGUAAGUGCCACGGCACGUCAGGCAGCUGCCAGUUCAAGACCUGCUGGUACGUGUCUCCUGAGUUCAGGCUGCUGGGUUCUCUGCUGAGGGAUAAGUUCCUCACCGCCAUCUUCAUCAACUCCCAGAACAAGAACAGCGGGGUGUUCAACCCCCGGGUCGCAGCUGGCAAUGGAGCCUUGAAUGGGGUUAGGAACGGGGCCGGAGUAGGAUCCAGAUCUGGGUCUGGGGGCGUGGGUAGCCCAAACAAUGUGGGUCGGCGGAGGCCGAGUGUGUCACGGGAGCUGGUCUACUUUGAGAAGUCUCCAGACUUCUGUGAGCGGGAGCCGUCCCUGGACUCCUUGGGCACCCAGGGACGGAUCUGCAACAAGACCAGCCACAGCAUGGACAGCUGCGGGUCCCUGUGCUGUGGGAGAGGGCACAAUAUCCUGAAGCAGACACGUAGUGAGAGGUGCCACUGCCGCUUCCACUGGUGCUGCUACGUGCUCUGUGAGGAGUGUCGAGUCACUGAGUGGGUCAACGUCUGUAAGUAGACCAGUAGCCUCCUGUACACACAAACCCACACAACUAAACCUUUCAUUUGGUAUAUGGGUAGACGAGGCCCAUCCAGGACUCUUACUUACUUAAUCAUCUUAAUGCUUUGGGAUGCAUGGGGCCACCACAAGAGAGAAAGAGUGCUACUAUUUCAAUGCAGCACUAGCAGCCAUCUUGGUAAGGGUUCCUGGUCAGACCACAGUCUUUGAUGUUCUUCUCAACUGUCCUCCAUGUUUCUCCUGGACAUUUUCAGGACACAGGAUGGCAAAAUCUAAAUCCACCCUUUAACUCUGUCCAAUGUACACACAUCCACCCAACCAAACCUUUCAUUUCAGUGUUUGUGUUUCUCUUUGCGUCAGUUAAGUCUCCCACAGAAUCGGUUUACCCCCCGCUUCUUCUUCUUCUCCUCUUUUUUUUCUUCUUUCCAUCAUCUGGGAUCUAUUUUCCCUUUGUUGCCUGUUGUUAUUCUCAAAAUGCCAAGUCAAAGAUUGAGGAAGAGGUGACUCAUGUCAUUUGUCUUUCUUUCCUCUGCCUGUUUGGAUGCAGCCCUUUCAGCCAUGAUAAUCAGAAUGCCCUGGACCCCAUCUGCUGUUCUGUUCUGCGCUCCCCUGGUCUCUGUUCAGAAACAAAGAACACUCAAACAGCAGUAAGGCAUU